AUGACAUCCAAUAUAAAAAAAUACGUUACAGCACUUGCAUCAGCUAAAAGUUAUAUUGCUCAAUGGUCAGCAGAUCAUGUCUAUGCUGAUGAAGCACUUAUUGUACCAUUUCCAACUUUAGCUAUAUUUGAUCCCAAUAAACAUAUUUGGUCAAUAAGUAUCAAAGCUUGGUUAUAUUUACCAUUUGAAGGCAAAAAAAUCAAAGGUUAUUUAUCUAGUGUUUUAAGUAAUAAAACUGAUAGUAAAACAAAUGACGAGAAAAAUGAAGAUUCUAUUACUGACGAUAAUGGAAAAGGUUUGAAAGCUGCUAUUCGUACUGCACUCAAUAAACAUAUAAACAAACAAGACGAAUCAAUCAAUGAUGAAGAUAUAAAUGAUGAUGUAUAUGAAGAUGCUUUGCGAGAUGAUUUUGGUAAACCAAAUCAAAAUCCUGGUCGUUUAGGUUUAUUUUUUGUUGGAAGAUCUGUUAAAGUUAUAACAAAAUCUAUUAUUAAUGAUGUUGAACAUUUACUUCAACCAUCAGAUGAAAGUGGUUUUAUUGAAGAAGAACUUGAAUUAUCUGAUGAAGAAAUUCAAUCACUUGCACAACACACUCAUCCUGAAUCUAAUGAUCGAAAAUUUGAAUAUGGAAUUCAAAUAGAUGAAUCUAAAAUGGAUGUUAAAUCAGAUAAUUAUAAAACAUUUCAAUGUAUUAUAUAUGUUCUUGCAUCUUAUGGUACUAGUAUUAUAUCAGAUAUUGAUGAUACAAUUAAAAUUUCGAAAGUUCUUAGUAAACGAUCAUUAUUAAAACAUACAUUUUAUAAUGAUUUUACGACUGUUCAAGGUAUGAGUGAAUUGUAUCAAAAAUGGAAUGAACAAAAUUGUCAAUUUCAUUAUGUUAGUGCAAGUCCAUGGCAAUUAUUUCCAGCACUUAAUUGUUUUUUGGAAAAAUAUAAAUAUCCAAUGGGUACAAUGAAUUUGAGAAAAUUUGAAUGGAGUUUAAAAUUUUUAAAACCACCUGAAACAUAUAAAAUGGAAAUCAUUGCACAUAUAAUUGCUGCUUAUCCUUUAAGAAAAUAUAUUUGUGUUGGAGAUUCAGGAGAACUUGAUCCAGAAAUUUAUUCUCAAUUAUACAAUAUAUUUCCUCAGAAUAUUGCUCAUAUAUUUAUUCGUGAUAUUUGUCAAACACCUGAAUGUUUAUCAACAUGUGUAGAACGAUAUAUAAAAGCAUUUAAACAUGUACCAAAACAAAAAUGGACUGUUUUUAAAGAUCCUCAAACAAUCGAAACAAAUAUCAAAAAUAUAAUCAAUAUAUAA